CAUGAAAUUGUCCGCCGCCGCCCGCGCUGACGUUGUGCUUUUUGUGUGGAGAGAGGCAGGCAGCACAUGCACAUCACCAAUCCCGCUGGAGUGUGUGUAGGCACAGAUUGAACUGCCCGGAACGUGCCUGGCCUUUCGACUUCUUUUACGGCGCAACCCAGCAACCCACAUACACUUUGGGUGGAGUUGUUUUUUCUCAACGUCCAAUUUCUCGCAUAUACACAUUCUUCCCUUUUCAUCACACAUAUGCGGCAUUGAUCGCAAUCGCGAGACACCUUUCCUCCCGGUCCCUCUCUUCCUCGCAUAAGCGACAUUACCCAGGCGGCGGGGUCCGCGAAUCGCAAUCAUGGCUGUGACGAAGCGAGCAGGACGUAAGAAGGACGCCGCACAAGCUCAACCGAACGGCAGCGCUGGCGGUGGUGCGCAACCCAACAUUCGCAAGGCCGCCUACGAGACGAGUAAAAAGAAGGAAGUGGGCGUGUCGGAUCUCACAUUGAUCAGCAAGAUCUCCAACGAGGCCAUCAACGACAACUUGAAGAAGCGAUUCGAGAAUGCGGAAAUCUACACAUACAUCGGCCACGUGCUGGUCUCGGUCAACCCGUUCCGUGAUUUGGGCAUCUAUACCGAUCCCGUCCUGCAGAGUUACCAGGGGAAGAAUCGUCUGGAGAUGCCGCCACAUGUCUUUGCGAUUGCGGAAAGUUCAUACUACAACAUGAAGGCAUACCAUGAGAACCAAUGUGUCAUCAUCUCGGGUGAAUCAGGAGCUGGAAAGACGGAGGCGGCGAAGCGAUUGAUGCAAUACAUUGCGAGCGUCUCAGGCGGUGGAAACAGUUCAAUAGACGAGGUCAAGGACAUGGUGCUGGCCACCAAUCCCCUGUUGGAAUCCUUCGGAAACGCCAAGACGCUGAGGAACAACAACUCGUCACGAUUCGGCAAGUACCUAGAAAUGCAAUUCAACGCCCAGGGUGAGCCGGUGGGCGCCAACAUCAACAACUACCUUUUGGAGAAAAGCAGAGUGGUCGGCCAGAUUCGGGACGAGCGAAACUUUCAUAUUUUCUACCAAUUCACCAAGGCUGCGACUCAGGACCAUCGGACCAAUUUCGGAGUGCAGCCGCCAGCUUCGUAUACGUACACAAGCAAGAGUAAAUGUUACGAUGUCAACGGCAUCGAUGACGUUGCCGAUUUCAAAGACACGGUCAAUGCGAUGAAUGUCAUCGGCAUGACCAAGCCAGAGCAAGACAAUAUCUUCCGAAUGCUAGCGGCCAUCCUGUGGAUCGGUAACAUUUCAUUCGCCGAAGAUGACCAGGGAAAUGCAGCUGUUGUUGAUCAGUCCGUCAUUGACUUUGUCGCAUAUCUACUAGAGGUGGAUGCCGCGCAUGUCAACAAAGCCAUGACAAUCCGUAUCAUCGAGACCAGCAGGGGAGGCCGCAGAGGUUCCGUCUAUGAUUCACCGAUGAACAUCGCCCAAGCGACCGCUGUCCGGGAUGCGCUCAGCAAGGCCAUCUACUUCAACAUGUUCGACUGGAUCGUCGCACGUAUCAACCAGUCUCUGCGGGCUCGAGGUGCCGUGUCACAAAGUAUCGGUAUCUUGGAUAUCUACGGCUUUGAGAUUUUCGAGAAGAACUCCUUUGAACAGCUCUGCAUCAAUUACGUCAACGAGAAGCUCCAGCAGAUUUUCAUCCAGCUCACCUUGAAGACCGAGCAGGAAGAGUAUGAACGGGAGCAGAUCCAGUGGACUCCGAUUAAGUAUUUCGAUAACAAGGUGGUUUGCGAAUUGAUCGAAGAGAAACGGCCUCCGGGUGUCUUUGCCGCCUUGAAUGAUGCCUGCGCGACUGCACAUGCCGAUCCAACAGCAGCCGACUCCACAUUUGUUCAGAGACUGAAUGCGCUCUCGAGCAAUCCGAACUUUUCACCUCGCCAAGGACAAUUCGUCAUCAAGCAUUACGCCGGUGAUGUCAGCUAUGCCGUCGAGGGCAUGACUGACAAGAACAAGGAUCAAUUGUUGAAGGACUUGCUCAACCUCGUCGGACAGUCUGGCAACGACUUCCUGCGGACAAUCUUCCCUGAUGAAGUCGACCAAGACAACCGGCGUCGCCCGCCCACGGCUGGUGACAAAAUCAAGGCAUCCGCGAAUGACCUCGUUGCGACUCUCAUGAAGUGCACGCCGAGCUACAUUCGAACGAUCAAGCCCAACGAGAAUAAGAGUCCCUCUGAAUAUAAUGUGCCAAACGUUCUGCAUCAAAUUAAAUACCUCGGUCUCCAGGAGAACGUUCGCAUUCGACGAGCUGGAUUCGCAUAUCGACAAACUUUCGACAAAUUUGUGGAACGCUUCUACCUGUUAUCUCCAAAGUGUAGCUAUGCAGGUGAAUACACCUGGGCUGGUGACGCCAAGUCUGGUGUGCGGCAGAUCCUCAAGGACACUUCCAUCCCGACUGAAGAGUGGCAGAUGGGUACCACUAAGGCGUUCAUCAAGACACCAGAGACGCUUUUCGCACUGGAGACUAUGCGAGAUAAAUACUGGCAUAACAUGGCCAUCCGAAUUCAACGAGCGUGGCGCAAUUAUCUCCGAUACCGUGCGGAAUGUGCGACCCGCAUUCAAAGAUUCUGGCGGAAGAAGACUGGCGGCUUGGAAUUCCUGCAGCUGAGAGAUGAAGGCCACAGGCUUCUAGCCGGACGCAAGGAGCGACGUCGUUUCUCUCUGCUCGGCUAUCGAAGAUUCAUGGGAGACUAUCUCGGAUUCGACAACCAGGGCGGUACAGGUGAACUCCUCAGAAACAGUGUCAACAUUAGCUCUGCGGAGAAGACGAUCUUCUCGUCUCGAUGUGAAGUUUUGGUGUCGAAACUCGGCCGAUCCAGCAAACCCGAACCUCGGUUCCUCGUGCUCACUAGCAAAAGUGUUUACAUUGUCAAGCAAGCUUUGGUCAAUAAGCAAUUGAGCAUUGUCGCGGAGCGGACAAUCCCUGUCGGAGCAAUCAAAUUCAUCAGCGCCAGCAGCUUGCAUGAUGGAUGGUUUGCGAUUGGUGCUGGUAGUCCCCAGGAACCAGAUCCGCUUGUCCACUGUCUCCUCAAGACUGAAUUCUUCACGCAUCUCCACAAGCUCUCUCGAGGCAGCACUGCGCUCCAGAUCAGUGACACCAUUUCGUAUAACAAGAAGCCCGGCAAACUGGCGACCAUCAAAACCGUCAAGGACCCACAGUCACAGAACGAUGAUGUCUACAAGAGUGGACAGAUCCACACCGCGCAGGGAGAGCCGGCCAAUUCGACCAGUAGACCGACGCCCAAAGGAAGAAGUGUCCCCGGAAAGGCAAUCACAAGCGGCAAACUUCUCAAGAAGAGUGUAGGUGGCAAACUCUCCCAACAAGCCGCGCAAGGCCGACCACAAGCCCGACCUUUGCCAGGUGCAGCCGCCGCUCAACCCGCCGCUACACAACGAGUCGUCCCGGUCCCACAACCAGUAGCGCAGCAAUCCCGACCUGCCGCGAACCUCGCAGUGGGCAUCGCUUCACAUCUCCGCAAUGCCUCCACCGCAUCCAACGGCGCUGGACGGGCUCCUCCUCCGCCACCUCCUCCGCCCGCGGCUGCCCCUCCGCCCCGGGAAUCCCAAUUCAAGGCCAUGUAUGACUUUGCGGGCCAGACUUCCGGCGAGCUGAGUCUGCGCAAAGACGAAGUCGUCGUCGUCGAGAAGAAGGAGGAUAAUGGCUGGUGGCUCGCCCGCCGUCUCGACCACUCCGCCUCCGGCUGGGCCCCCGCCGCCUACCUCGAAGAAGUCAAACAAGCGGCCGCGCCUCCGCCCAUGGCCGCCCGACCCGCUCCCCCUCCCGCCCCCGCCGCAACGCGUCCCCAGCAAACCAACGGCGGCCCCGCCGCCGUUAAGGGCAAACCCACACCCCCCGCCCCACCCUCCAAGCGCCCCACGAACCGCAAAUCCGUCCUGGCGCCCCCGCCGGCUUCCACGAGGGACUCGGGCUAUUCGACCGAGGCGAACGGCGCCGCGGCUGCCCAGGGCGCUGGUGCUCAGCCCGGCGGCCUCGCGGGCGGCCUCGCCGCGGCGCUGAAGGCGAGGAGUCAGGCUAUGAAUCGGAACGAUGCGGGAAACGACGAUUGGUGAAGGAAGGAUAGCGCGUAAAAUCUUAGUAUCAUGGAUGAAGAAGAACUGAAAUGAGACGAAUCGAAAUGAGAGCCACGAGUUUCUCUUCGGCAGUUUUCGAUCGAGCUCUCG